CGCCACUUUUGCCCCCAACUCCUCCUUUCUAUACCCUUUAAGAAACCCGAACAAAAAAACGAAGAGGAGAAGAAGGGCACAGUGGCACACAAGAGAAUUUGAAUCAAAACAAGAAGGACGGAGGCCAAACGGGCCCCCAACUCUGCAUUUCCGGCUGAGCCAAGAAGGCACCACCUCAACACGGACUCAUCAUUGUUACCAAGAAAUUUUCAUCACCCCACAUUCCACUCCCACUGCACACCAUGCAGUUCUCCACUCUCUCUCUUUCUCUCUCUUUCAACUAUGAAAGACUCCUCCUAUUCACACCAACAGAUUUUUUUUCUUUCUGGGUUUAAUGAGCCUUUCUUAAGAACUGAAACUAUAUAAAUUGAAUCAUUGAUCAAAACAACACAAGGCAAAGCAUACGAUAAUCGUUUUGUCUCUCUAAUCUCUAUCUCAAGAAUCCAAUUCAUAUUCAAAUAUUUUCCUUUAAUUUUCGUUUUCCUUCUUUUAUAAGUUGUGGGUUAAAUUCAUCGCUCUGAUGACUCAAUGAAAUCGAAAUUUGGACGGUAAUGUGUUUCUGGUGACGUGUGGGUGUUGCUUUCUGGUUCUGCUUUUGAUUUGAUGGGGAACUGCUGGUUUAGAUGGAAACCAUCGAUUUACAGAGUAUCUUCUAAUGCAAAAUCAGAUUCCCCAAAAAACCAGAGCUUAUCUUCCAAAGAAAGGAAGGAAGAUAGUAAGCUGCCUUCAAAUCCUGAAGAAGUAGAGUACAUUCGUCGGGAUUCAGCCACAAAUCAUCUGAUUGCUUUUUCUUACAAUGAGCUAAAGAUAAUUACAGGUAAUUUCAGGCAGGAUUAUGUAUUGGGUGGAGGAGGUUUCGGAAGUGUUUAUAAAGGAAUCAUUACCGAGGAUAUACGGGAGGGAUUUCAGCCCCUUCAAGUUGCUGUCAAGGUUCAUGAUGGGGAUAACAGUUACCAGGGCCACAGAGAAUGGCUGGCAGAGGUUAUAUUUCUUGGACAGCUUUCUCAUCCAAAUUUGGUGAAACUUAUCGGAUACUGCUGUGAAGAUGACCAUAGAGUACUGAUUUAUGAGUAUAUGGCGCGGGGUAGUGUGGAAAACAAUCUCUUUUCAAGAGUAUUACUUCCUCUACCUUGGUCUAUCAGAAUGAAGAUUGCAUUCGGUGCUGCAAAAGGACUUGCAUUUCUGCAUGAAGCUGAGAAACCAGUUAUUUAUCGUGAUUUCAAGACGUCUAAUAUUUUGCUGGACCUGGACUACAAUGCCAAGUUAUCAGACUUCGGCCUUGCAAAAGAUGGACCUGUGGGUGAUAAAACUCAUGUGUCUACACGCAUUAUGGGGACAUAUGGAUAUGCAGCUCCAGAGUAUAUAAUGACAGGACACCUGACACCUAGAAGUGACGUCUACAGCUUUGGCAUUGUUCUUCUAGAGCUUCUCACUGGCAGAAAAUCCUUAGAAAAGUUCAGACCAGCUCGAGAGCAAAACUUAGCCGAAUGGGCCCUCCCAAUACUCAGCAAGAAGAAGAAAGUGCUCAACAUUGUAGACCCAAGAUUAGAAGGAGAUUAUCCAGACAAAGGUGUCCACAAGGCAGCCAUGCUUGCUUAUCACUGUCUGAACCGAAACCCAAAGGCAAGGCCAUUGAUGAGAGAUAUAGUGGAUUCUCUGGAGCCUCUCCAGGUUUCUGUUGAGGUACCUAGUGCUGCUUCUCCUUCAGGGAUUAGCAAUGGAUCCCCAGCUGUACAGCCUAAAUGAAAAUAAGUUUGCUUGGUAUAACUGACAUGUUUUCUAGUUGUCUUAAGCUUCUUCAGUUUGAACAGAGAAUUUUUUAAAAGUAAUAUGUAGCUUCUGCUGUGCUUAUGAGAUAGAGAGAUGGGGAUCUGUUUUUAGCACUUGUCAUUGCAUGAGAAAAAAGUGAUCAUAUUUACAUAUCCUUCUAACCUGAAAAUCACUCUAUAAAUUGUAUUUAGUGUGUACAAGCAUGACAUGAGAUCAUGUUCACAUC